ACUCACAGAGACGGCACGGUUGCUGCGGAAUGUGUUCACACGACCAUCAACAGCAACCAUUCAGGCACCAGAAGCUCAACAGAGAGAUCACGGUUAUGCUUUCUCCCAGGAGGAAGGCGGGGCAGUGGCAUUGGAACACAUGGGUUUUUUGUCACCUAGUCGACUGUAAUCCGACAGUAUGACACGUCUGAUCGAAAACCUGAUGGUUCAUAAACCUCUUGCUGGACUGGUACCUCAUGUCCAAACACAGAACUGUUCAUUCGACUGAGAGAUACCUGGAUGACAAGUUAUAUAUCUUAACACAAGCUGAUUGAGUCAUUGGCCCAAUGGUGGACAAAUUGCAUCUGGAGAUACAUGUAUUGAAAUGAUGGGUCUUUACCAUCCUGUUGUUUUCGUGUCACUACACGUCACAAAUUUACAUUACCUCAACAGCCUGGAGUACAAACACAUUCGAAAGAGAUGAUAGUCAUAUGUCGCUAUACUGUAAAUUGUAACCUAGAGUGUUAACUGUAGCAAGAUUUGACACAUAGUUAAGACCAUAGUUGUAAAUCGUGAAAUCUAAAUCAAACAGAAUUCCAAAGUAUUAUUAUGUCAUAUUUUUUACUUUUCAUGUCUUGGGCUUGAUUAGUGAAAUAACAGUCUGUUUAUGACAAAACAUUUCAGCCAUCUGUUUUACCUCUUUUUGGCUUAUAUAUGCUUUUAAAUGUUGAAAACAACAAGAAAUCGUCUUUACUGAUUAAACUGUUAUUAUUUUCAUUGAUCUGAUUUUUUGUUACCAUUUUAUAUUAUUUGCUUAUAGCUAUUAUACAGAACAUACA